AGUGAUAAGUGAAUUAAAUUAGAAAAAACCUAACCGCGAUUACUGCACGUUUUUCUAUUAAUAGAAACGAUUUUGUAACAUUUUUUCAAUCCACAUUGUGCAAUAAAACAUAUUCUUCCAAGAAUCUCAUCUUCAUUAGGAGAUUUAAUUAGUUGUUUCCGAGAAAUCCUAACUUUGAAUCGCAUCUACCAGCAAGCAACAAACAGCCUACCUACCUGCCAAGCAAGUUCUCUGCCUGCCUACGUGACUGAUUGCCAAAGACCUAUGGAUGAAUUUUUCACCAAGCCUCCCCAUCUGCGCAUCGACCUGUGAGCAGUAGUUUCUUUCGUGAGAACAAAAAACAUUAAACAAUCAACUUCCAUCGACUCAACGUCGACACCUCGUCCACAACACAGAGAAUCAGUAGUUCCUCAUUUAUCAAAGUCAGUCUCAUUCUCAGUCUGACUCUCAACCGAGUUUUGUGAAAGUCGUUUGUCGUGUUGUGAAUGUUUUUUAUUAUUAGAAGGAAGAAAAAUAUUUUGUUCUUUGUUUAAAUAAAUAAAAGAAAAACACAAAAAAAUAGAAUCUCAUUUAACGCUAUGCUUGAAGUAGCAACACCACUGCCCGCUGCGGCUCAACCUGGAGUCGUCGUUGUACGAGCCAAACCCAAGAAAGUAUUCAAACCCAAGGCGAAGAUCAAUCGCAUCCCGCAGGAGCUUCUCGAUGAUCCCAUCCUGCAGAAGGCCAUCGAACGUCUGCCAUGGAACUACAAUUUCGAAAUUCACAAAACCAUCUGGAGAGCUAGGGAGCUGAAAGCCAAGCGGAUCGCCCUACAGCUGCCCGAAGGUCUUCUCAUGUAUUCCAUCAUAAUUAGCGAAAUUCUGGAGCGCUUCACCUCCGCCGACACAGUGAUCAUGGGCGAUGUAACCUACGGAGCGUGUUGCGUCGACGAUUACACAGCGAAGGCUUUGGGUGCAGACUUGCUGGUGCACUACGGUCACAGUUGUCUGAUUCCGGUCGACCAAACGACAGGCAUUAAGGUGUUGUAUGUUUUCGUCGACAUUAAGAUCGAUCCACUGCAUUUCUUGGACUCAGUGCAGAUCAAUUUCAAGCCCGAAGACGGACAGAUUGCUUUGGUGAGUACGAUUCAGUUUGUUACCACCCUGCAGGCCGCCUCCGCUGAGUUGAAAGAGAAAGGCUAUGAUGUGAUCGUUCCUCAAGCGAAACCACUCAGUCCGGGCGAGAUUCUCGGCUGUACCUCGCCUCAGAUGCCACAGACCACAAAAAUUAUCAUCUAUCUCGGUGACGGCAGGUUCCAUCUGGAGUCGGCUAUGAUUGCAAAUCCCCGGUUAAAGGCGUACAGAUACGAUCCUUAUGACAAGAAGUUUACACUUGAAGAGUACGACCACAAGGCCAUGCAGAGCAUCCGCUGGGACCACAUAAAGCGGGCGAAGAACGCCAAGAAAAUCGGCAUAAUCCUAGGAACGUUGGGGCGCCAAGGCAGCAGUCGCGUGUUGCGGUUCCUCGAGCGUCGUCUGCACAACAAAGGCUUCCAGACAUCGGUGAUUCUCCUAUCCGAGAUUUUCCCACAGAAGUUGGAUCUAUUUGGGGCCGACAUCGAUGCCUUCGUCCAAAUUGCCUGCCCGCGUCUCUCGAUUGAUUGGGGAAGUGCCUUCAGCAAGCCACUGCUCAACCCCUACGAACUAUCCGUUGUGUUGGGUGAUGUCGAAUGGACGCCCAACAAUCUGGAGCCAGACAAUGCAUAUCCCAUGGACUUCUAUGCCUCCGGCAGCCUCGGCCCUUGGACACCCAAUUUCAAACCUCCAGCCAUAGGUGAAUGUGAGAACAAGCCCUCAGCUAAGUGCUGUGGUCGUUGCACUCGCGGCGAGAUGGAAAAGGAAGCUCUAGCAGCUGAGGAUCUUCUCGACUUUAAGAAGGGAUAAGGAGAAUUUAAAAAAAAAAAAAACGAAAGGCUUUAUCAGGGCUUUGUUUUUUGAAGUCCCUUAACUUUUAUUUGCAGUACAAUUUUAGAAUAAAUUUUGCUUAUAUUUUUUUUUUAAACUAUUUUCUUAUCCGAAGUUUUGUUUAUAAACGGAAAAAUAAGAGAUAAUUAUGUAAAUAGCGGUUUUGUAUGUUAUAAAUGCAUACAUAUAUUAUGUAUAUUACUAUAAUAGGUAUAUUAUAUAUGUAAAAUCUAUUAAGCAAUAAAUAAACAAACAAGUUGUGAAAAGAAAGAA